AUAUAGUUAGGCAACUAAGCGAAAAAAAAAAAGAAAAUCCAACCAGAAUUUUACUCCUUGCAGUGCAUGGAAGAUUUUGAAACAAUAUGUAGACUGUCACGUUUGGUAAAUUAACAGUGAACAAACUGAUAAUUGGAGAAAAAAAAAGAAUACAAUGAGAUUGUAUUUUUGGAUUUUGGUCAAAAUUUUUCUUGAGCACCUGCCACCAUGUCUGUGAAUGAGACCAGGGGAAACCAAAAUCGUGAAAAGAAUCAUGCAGAAGCUUUGGUUCUGGAUAUUACCUGCCCAAUCUGCUUGCAGAUAUUCUCUGAGCCAGUUUCUCUUCCUUGUGGUCAUACCUACUGCAUUGCUUGCCUGCAGACCAUGGGAGAAGGCCUAGACCAACACAGCUGCCCUGAGUGCCAGGCAGUAUAUCAGGGGCCCACAGUCCUUGUGAAAAGCUCCAAAAUAUGUAGCAUGGUGGAGACCUACAAAGCCACUGCUGGGAAAAUCAGCUCCACUGAAAACCCUUCUGACAUCGGCCAAGAUGGCUUACAAACCGGUUCUGGAUCCACAGAUCACCCCUUUUCUUUUGAUCAUGAGAAAAGCAGUGGCAAAGGCAAAAUGGAAAUGGAUGAACCUAAAUUCAGACUGGCGUCUCAAGUCACAGAGUUAAAUCUCAAGUUGGAGGUGGCAGAGGUUGUUCUGAAGAAAGAGAGGGAGCAGGAGUUAGAGGUGACCAAUGCUAAUGCUCAGCUGAGGGAGAAAGUAUCCAGACUGUUAGGACAGAUAAAGGAUUUGUCACAGCGCUAUAAUGAGCAGGUGACGCAGAUGAUUGAAGAAGAGUUAGGUCCAGGUGAGGCCAUUAUAAUCGGUCGAGUCAGUCAAACCUCUGAGCUGACUAACCAGCUGAGGCAGGCUAUGCUGAGAGCUGAGUCCCUGUUGACUGAGGAAGAUGAGACUGCAUUCAGCGACGAGCUCCAAAGUCUACAGCCGCACAUUGUGGAGUUAAUGGCAAAACCAGUGGGAGAAGAGAAAGACCAUGUUGAAUCGAAAGUCAGCCCUACACGAGCCUGUCCCAAGCUGGAAACCAUGAACACUGAGCUGAGGGAAAGACUUGCAGAGGUUCAGCGGUACCUUCGGAACACCCUCAACCCCUCAGAGGUGACCUUUGACCCAGAAACAGCCCAUCCCAACCUCAUUCUCUCAGAGGACUUGAAGACAGUGACUUUCAGUGCUACAAAACAGCCAUAUCCAUCCUCUCCUCAGAGGUUCACCAGCUUUUUCCAGGUCCUCAGCACCCAGAGCUUCUCAGAAGGUGAUCAUAGCUGGGAGGUGGAGCUUGAGGGCUCUCCGUGGAUCAUUGGUCUGUGCUACAGUGGGAAGCUGGCACGUAGCGGGCUGCCCUCUGCUCUGGAAAGCAGCCGGAGCUCCUGGUGUCUGAUGUGGUUCAAUAACCUCCUGACAGCCUUUGAGCAGAGUCACAGUGUGCCACUGAAGAGGACCACAGUGUCACGGAAGCUAGAGAUCAAACUGAGCUUCAAGACCCACAGGCUGAGCUUCUACAACAUCAGCCCCAUCAGUGGGAAGACUCAUGUGUACACAUUUAAGGCCAACCUAACUGAACCAGUGCACCUGGCCUACAGGAUGAUGUCAGGGCACCCAAAAGCACGUCUCACUAUUUAUUCAUAAUCAUCGCUACAUUUCAAUAUUUAAUCCUUAGCAAAUGUGCUGCACAAUCUAGCAAUGUCAUAAUAUUUAAAACACCAAAGUUGAGACUUGAUUUGUAUGAUGAAAGUCCUUAGCCAUGUCUUGAUAGAAAACAGUCUGAUUUCAUCCUCCUUUGAUUGAAUUACAGUGUGCUUUAAACAUAAUGCUCAAAUACAGUGCUCAAAAUAAUGUGUCCAGAAGUCAUUAUUUUGUCUCAGUGUAAAGGUUCAAACAAGCCAAAAGGCAAAACAUUGAAAACUGCUUUAUGAUGUUUUUCUGCUUCCAUCAGACAAAUAAAGUCCUUACAAAAUU